UUUUCAGAAAUCUCAAAACCCUCGUUCUCUCUUCGUCUCUCUCAAAACAAAAUAGAAGAAUCUGUUCGCAUCCAUGGCUCUCGCCCGCCAAAAAAUCUUCAGCAUCACUUCUCAGUGCAUGAGCUUCUGGAGGACAAUCUGUACGGUCGGGGAUAAGCGAAAUAUAGAGGAUCACAAACGCAGAUUGCUUUCUGCUAAAUAUGAAGUGAAGCGAAAGCUUUACAAAUCUCUUCAGAGAGAUACCGAUCUUCCUUCUGAGAUCCGAGAGAAAUAUCUCUGCAAGUUAUCUCGGUUGCCGAGAAACAGUUCCUUCACACGAGUAAGAAACCGAUGUAUUUUUACUGGUCGACCUCGUGGCGUGUACCUGAAAUUUCGAAUGUCUCGUAUUGUUUUUCGUACUAAAGCAAAUCAAGGUCUUUUGCCGUGCGUCAAGAAGGCAUCUUGGUAGACUUAGCUUUGCAGCUUAUUCACAAGCAAGGUAGAAUCCUUUUAUGGCUGGCUUAUGCUUUGAAAGAUCUGAUUCAAUAAUCUCAAAUGGGCCUUUUAUGGUGUUUUCUUAGGCCUUUGAUACUUUUGAUUUUAUUGUCUAUUUUGGCUCUGCUAACGUUUGUUGCUUCAUAAUGCCCAUUAGCAUUGUAUCACAUACUAAAAUUUUUACUCAGAGCUGAGAAUUUCUUAGCCUGUUUAUCUUUCAAGUGUAGCCUUUUUUAAGGUAUAUGGUACAUUAAUUGUGAGUAGAAGUAAUAUUUGAAAAAUGAAGAUUGAAGUUAGGACCAA